AUGAGUGAGAAGAUGAAUGAAAAAGUCAGUGAGACUAAUAGUAUUGAACCUGUUUUUUCCUUUACUAGGGAGGAUUUGGAAGAGAAGAAACCACAUGUGUUGGCCACCAUUACAUCUGCUCGUGGUCGUGAAAUUGUCAUUACAAAUAAUGUGGACCAAGCAAUGCAAUUUGCAAUUGACCACAAGGACAAUAGGAUCGAGAUCGAUGAAGCUACAAACAAGAGAAUCUUGAGAAAAAUUGAUUUGUUUGUUUUACCUGUGGUUUGCUUGGUUUAUGCAUUCCAAUAUAUGGAUAAAACGGCAACGAGUUAUAGUUCCAUUUUGGGGUUGAGGACAAGCUUGAAUAUGCAAGGAGAUAUGUAUAGCUGGACCACGACGUGUUUCUAUCUUGGGUACUUGGUAUUUGAAUUUCCAGCAUCUUUUUUGCUUCAACGGUUCCCUUUGGUCAAGACUGUUUCUGUCUUUAUUAUUCUCUGGGGUAUGAUUCUUGCAUUGUGUGCCGUGCCCGAAUACCCAGGUUUCAUUGCGUUGAGAACCAUAUUGGGUGCAUUGGAGUCCUCGGUGACCCCAGCUUUUGCUAUUGUUACUUCACAAUGGUAUAAGCAAGAAGAACAAUUUUUAAGGACUGCUUGGUGGUUUUCGUCAAACGGAAUAGGUACAAUUGUGGGACUGGGUAUUAGCUAUGGGUUGUAUGAGAACCAGGGCUCGUAUUCUUUGCCAGCUUGGAAAUUGGUUUUUGUUAUUACUGGUGUGUUGACAAUCUUUUUGGGGUUCUUGAUCAUGGCACAUAUUCCAGAUACUCCAACGGGUGCAUGGUUCUUAUCCGAGGAGGAGAAGGUAUUGGUUGUUGAAAGAGCACGAACAAAUCAGCAAGGGUUUGGAAACCCUCGGUUUAAGAAAAGCCAGUUUAUUGAGGCACUAACUGAUCAUCGUACAUGGUUAUAUGUCUUGUUUGGGCUUGCCUUUGAUAUUCCUAAUGGUGGAAUAACAAGUUUCAGCUCCAUAUUGCUCAAUGAAGAUUUUGGAUUUAGCACUUCAAAGGCGUUGUUGAUGAAUAUGCCUAUGGGUGCAAUUGAGAUUGUUGGGUGUCCACUAUUGGCGUAUUUGGCAACUUAUAUCAAAUCGCGCAUGCUUAUGGCCGUAUUUGCCACAUCGGUAGCCAUAAUGCUGUCGUGCUUAUUGGCAUUUGCCCCGUCAAAAGAAGCAAGAUUGGCUGGUCUCUAUCUAUUCACAUUGGCCCCAAUUGGACCCAUAUGUAUCCUUUCGCAGAUAGCUUCGUCGGUGGCUGGACAUACAAAGAAAGUCACUGUGGGUUCUUUAUAUUUGAUAGGAUACUGUGUUGGGAACUUGAUUGGUCCACAGACGUUUAUUGCCAGCCAAGCUCCUGGUUAUCAAGGUGCCAAGGUUGCUAUUGUUGUGUGUACAUGUUUUUCGCUAUUCACAUUGGUUGCACUUUAUAUUUCUUAUUACGUCGAGAACAAGAGAAGGGAUAGUUUACCACCAAUUGAUAUGCAUCUUGAGAACUAUGAGUUUGCCGAUUUAACUGAUAGGGAAAAUCCACACUUUAGAUACGCCUUAUAG